UUCAGUAAAAGCUCGCAGGAAUGUGAGCUGCAAGUCUCAACAUGAUGGUGUACACGGAAAUGGGCGAGAUGAGUCCUUUGUUGGGCAACCAGAUUUCUGGGCAACCUCAGGAGGACCCAGACCUUCUGUCUCCAAACCUGAGGCCACGACACCAGGAGUUGAUCCCGACACCAUGUGGACCGAUAAAGCGCUGGUCAGAGCUGUCAUGUUUGCUCAAGCUCUACUUCUGCUUCACCAUAACGUCUCUGCUGGCGCUGAUCGGCCUCACCAUAUACAGCAUCUACAAGCAGCACAUGGGCAUGAAUGAGCCUGAUGAGGAGGAAAACUUUACUGUAUCUCUCAUCCAGUUGGUUGGAAUAGUGUUCUGCGUCUACUACAUCAUCCGGGGCGUGUUGCAGGAGAAUAGACAGGAGCUGUUUAUGUUCGGCCUCAGCAUGUUUGGGAUGAUGGUUCGAUCGGUGGUCAACUUCGCCGUUUUGGAGUCAAAGGACAAGCAGGAGCUGCUGGUUCGUUUUGUGUGUAUCAUGUGUUUUGGCGCGAUCCAACUCUUCUGCACCAUGCUGCUCAUCUGGAGGUCCAACGUGAUGGCGUUCCGUGCGGGCUGGGCCUUGAUGAGCGACCAGGAGCAAUACUUCCGCCUCAAUCUGUGUUCCUCCAUGGUAACCUUUGACCUUCAGGCUCAGUUGUGUCUGUGUAUCCUGAUCACAGGGUUGGACUUGACCAUGUCUACUGCCAACAGCAUUAUCCUGGGAAUCGGAUUGGUUUGGGCCUGCCUGACCGCCGUUAUCGGGGUUUUUGCGGUUUUAAAGGGAGCCAAGGUCUUAGUUUGGGUCUUCAUGGGGCAGUACCUUCCUCAACUAGCCUUCUUGAUUUAUCUGGUGUACACGAUGGUAAAAACAUGGCAUCAGGACGGAACGUACACCCUGGAGGCAGCUACCAUCACUGGAGCUUUGAUUUCACUGUUUAUUAAAGUGGCUGUAUUCUGGGGCCUCAUCAGACUGGUGCACAGCUCCACUCAACGCCUGAGGGAGAGGAUGUUUGCACCCAGCGAGUGAUAAAACACAUCCGGUGGUCGUGGACCAAGGACACAGCUGCAUGCUGAGGAGCCUACGUUAAGAAGCUUUAGCACUGUGCUGCUGACUAUGGAGCUCACAUUUAUACUUAACAUCAACUCCACCAAAAUAGUCAGUCAGCUGAUAUCUUUUUUUAAGCUUAAUGUGCCGUUUACUGUAAAUGUGUGCCUAUCUACUGAUGUAAAGCAUCACAACUGAAACUACAUCAAAUGCCUUUGUAGAUUGGAUUUAUAAUGUUUUUUUUAUUAUUUAGUUUUUACUGUAAUAUGCAUUGUAAUAUGUUAAUCCAUACAGUUUGUAGACACCAAAAGUUGGUACUUACCUUUCUGCAGCACCUUAAUACAUUUACUCAAGUGUUUGUUUUUAUUCAAGUUUCUGUAAAAAAAUUGAGAUUGAUGUUUUGAUUUGUUGUUCAAUAAGAAGAGUGAGAAGGAAGUUAUUUGGCUUUCACGUUUUCACCUUCAUCUCAUCUGAUCAUUCCAAUAAACGGAUAUUUUCACGACA